CCGUGUAUGUAGGCGGAUAAACCUUGUUUUGGUGGCACAUUCGUCAUAUACUAUUGAAUUCAGAAGGACAUUUUGUUAAUUGUGGACCUGGGAAGAAAUAAUUCUUCAUCUGCAAAUUGAUUCGGCCAGGAGAAAAGGGAAGCCAUUCAAAUCAAAUAUGAGAUCGAGACGAUGAUUGGUUGAUCUCAUGACUUCAACAACAGCGUAAUGAUGACGUCACUGACCUCGUGACAUUUAAGCUCUUCUCUCUAUGGCAGAGGGUGGCACAGGUGAACUCAUGAUGGGGACGGACGAGGAACGGCAAGUGCAAGUCAACCUUCUCCUGGACUUGUCUUUGGAGCUCGGCAGUAGCUGGAAGGACAUCGGGCGUCGACUCGGCCUACUGGAAGCAGAUCUUGAAAACAUCGAGUCGGACUAUCCGAAACAAAAAGAAAGAGGUUAUCAGAUGCUGCUCAAAUGGCGGCAGAUGACUCGAAACAAGGAUCUGGUGAAGACACUUGUCCAGGGAUUGCAGAGCGUUCAGCGCGUGGACCUGGCUGAUAAGUAUGGCCCUCGAUUUGAAGCUCUCUUUCCAAGUGAAAUCGAGUCGGACGCUGCCUCACCAACGGCCCUUGAUGCCAAAGAGACGCGAAUGGUAGAACACCUCAAAUAUCACUACAAGAAACGAAACAAAGUUCCCAUGGUCCCUUGGGCUGGCAAGAAUGGCAAGAUCGUGACAGUAGACCUAGGCAGGGUCUACACCAAUCUGGUACUUCUUGUGGACAUCGAUAGUCCAGAUCUUCCAAUUCAUUACCGACUCGCUUUUAAAGACUUAUUCAAGGAUGUGAAAGCAGUGGAUGGAAACGACAAUGAAAUCGAUGGGUGUGAGGAGACACUAGCAACAUCAUCUACUCGAGUGGUAGCUAGAGGAAGAACAGGCAGCGGAAAGACAACUUUCUUGUUGAAGCUGACAAGUGACUGGGCAGAGGCUAGGACAAGCCCCGUGAAAGAUGCUGUAGCUGUUUUCCUCUUGCAGCUGAAGAAGCUAGACCACACAAGCAACUUUGGAGCUGCUGUAGUCGACCAGCUCCUGCCUAAGAAAGACUUCACACCGCAGUUCAUUGAACAGUUCGCUGAAAAGAACCAGAAACGUGUUGCUGUUCUGCUAGAUGGCUAUGACGAGUUCAAAGGCAAAGGGUUGGAUCAGAAGAACUGUGGAAAUAUCGUGAAGAUGUUAAGGAAAGAAUACCUACCCUUCGUUCAGAUCUUGAUCACAACUCGCCCUGGCAGAGUGGGAGACUUCAUGAAACUGGAAGACCACAUCACUGACGAAUACCGACACUUACAGAUCACAGGCUUUUCAUCAGAAGACAUCGAUGCAUAUGUCAAGAAGAUUUUCAAACGUCGGCCAGAACUUGGAGAGAAACUACUUGCCUACCUCGAAGAGAACCAUCUGAAAACAGAACUGGCUUCCCUACCUCUAAUGUGCUGCGCUUUCUGCCAGUUGACAAAACUGACCGAUGGAAAGGACUUCAAAGAUAUGAACACGAUCAGCUCGCUAUUCGACAAGCUCGUGAAGUGUCUCCUGAAGUAUCAUCCAAGAUCCAAAGAGCAGAGGACCCGACUUCGAAGCUGGGAUUCUACUGAGAAAGAUGUGACAGAGGAGACAUAUGUCAAGAGCGGCGACAUCAUGAAUGAAAAUGAAGACGCCACUGGAGAUGCAGUCUUUCAAUCACGUGAGGUUGAUGAGGACGACCUGAUCCUUCAGCUUGGAAAGGUAGCAUUACUGGGCUUCGUCAGAUCCGAUGAAGAAGAACUGAUCUUCAGACUGAAAGACUUUGAAGAUUGUAAGUCAGGUGCAAGAGAAGUCGUUGCCAUGGGAUGUAAGGUUGGUAUCCUUGUCCGAGAUGAAGAAGCAGAGUAUAGGCCAACACUCUACGAAGAUCUAGAGAUAAACAAUGAAGACGGAGUAGUUGACUCGCACAACAUUACCUUCGUCCUCAAGAUAAUUCAAGAGAAACUUGCUGGCAGUUACCUUGCUUAUCUCUCUACCGGGAAUGAGGAGGAGCGAUGUUUCUUCAAGAAGUGUGUUGAGGAUAUCAGAACCCUUCAACGUGCCACAGAUCUUGGAAAUGUCCUCAUGUUUGCAAGCGGUGCAAAUGUGGAGGCAGCUCGUACCAUCAUCAGCCACGUUGUAAGUCUCAUGAAAUCGGAAGAGGAAAACAUCAAACUCUUCAUGAAUGGAAAGUUGCACUACACAGAGUGUCAACGUGUCCAGAAACUCAUUGAGUUCUGUCUACAGCUCAACUUUGAAAGCCAGAGCAAAGGUGAACUUAAUGAUGUACUGGCUCCACUCAUGUCUGGCUGCAGUCGUCUCCGACUCGUCGGAAUCUCUAGUUACGUCACAAAGUCACUCGGGUAUUUUCUCCAGCACGGCAGGGGAAUUUCCAUCAAGUCGCUCGAGCUCAUUCGUCUGCACCUGAACUCUAGUUCAGAGUUCCGGGAAUUCCUCAACUCUUUCCCCGGCUUGGAGAACGACGUGUCGGAUUCAUUGAAGAGGAAGAGGCGAAGGAGAAAGAAACAGAGUGAGGAACCCCUGACGGAAGAAAAGAGAAGAGAGAAGUUAAGAGAAGGAGUAACUAAAGGAAGAGAAAUACCGAAGUACCUCCUACAGCGUCCUGAUGAUACUUUCCUUGCGGUGUUGCCCCUAUGGGAACAGGUCAAUCAGAUGCAGAUGAGCGAAUGGAAUUUCGGACCUGUCAUUGACGGUUUGGAGCGCUGUCCUGUCGAAGAGCUCAUUCUAAAUGGGGUCAAAGCCAAUCCUGCAGACUGGGAAAGGUUGUUCAGGAUGUUUUCAAACUCAUCCUUUACGUCCCUAAAGAGAUUGACCCUCAGCAUGAAUAACAUAAGCGAUGAGUGCCUUGCUAAGCUCGUACCUGGUCUUUCCCGUCAAUCUAACCUGACUCAACUGAAGUUGUCAGGAAAUGAAGUAGGACCUGACUUCCUAGACGCCUUGGAAGAGUGUCCCAUGAUGGAGAAUCUCGAGGAGCUUGUUCUGGAGAAGACUGAUAUGGAUUCAGAGAGCAUCGAACAACUUGGAGACCUUCUCAAGCACUUCCCUUCACUAUCUGCACUGGACAUUCGGCGUAACACCUCCUCAGAUGACACCUCCAUAAUCAGCAUACUAGACGGAGUACAGCAUUGUCCGCAACUGGAUAAACUUAUGAUCUCUCUGCAUCACGUCACAGAGAAAGCCCUCAAUCAACUCCAGACGAAGGUGGGUACCCUUGCUCGUUUGAAGGAACUUCAUCUCGUCCAUACACCAGUCCCAGAGAAGGUCAUCGCGUGUGCUGCAGGAUUCCUUCCAGUCAUGCCCAAUCUAGAAGACUUGAGGAUAUCGGGCACACCCCCAGACAAGACCAAGCCACAUGACGAGGGCACAGCAAGGGUCUCGUGUGAAGUUGCUGAUCUCUUCUCGAACGCUGUCCUAGCGACUCCUUCUUUGAGGUUUCUGAGCAUCCUCUACACCCCCUUUGGACCAGACAGCUUUGUCAACCUAUUGGAAAAGAGUUCAGAAGCAACCAAAGUAGGAUUGAAAACGCUAAGGUUUUCCAAGGCAUGUAUUCCUGAAGAAGAAGAAGUCCGUCGCCACGUACGGAACGCUGAGAAGACAUUUCUUCGUAUCUGGGUUUGAGUGAUCUUUGAGAGCAUUUGAAAUGACUCGUCAUCACCCCUUAAGAACCUAUGACUUGCUGCGAAGUUUUGUUCUUUAAUACAACCACGGCAUGUUCACGGCACAGUCAAGGUAUUUGUGGCUGCGAGGCUCGUGUCUUUAAACAGGAAGAGAUUUCACACCAAUCCAGUUUUAUCAGAUCUUCACUGGCUGUCUAUCGACCAGAGGAUCUUCUUCAGACUUGGAGUUUCAACGUUCAAAGCACUUAAAGGCAUCGGUUAACAAUGUUAAAUCUGAGAUGCAUGGCCGGCCUUAGAUGUAAUCAGUGUCUGUGAUAUGGUAUAAUAUUGAA